GUCUUCUUUAUGUCAUCAUUGCCUUUCAACUCAUAAUCAUAAAAGUCCAAUACUAUAAAGAGAUCAGGUUUAAAGCAUCCUCGUGUUCAUAAUUAUUUUCAAAUCCACAGAGGAAUGCAUGUUGUGUCUUCCUCUGUGAUUGGGCAGAACUCGGUGAAAGGUUCAGAAACACGCAAAUCGAUGCAAAUCAGUUAAGUGCAUUGAAGUGAAGAGGACUGGAGGACUCGAGUUCAGAAGUAAAUAAGGAUCAUCUGUUGGAAGGAAACAUUCAUUCAGGUCAAAUCAACAAGCAACAAAAGCCAACUACCAAAAAACAUGGAGUACGCAUUUCGAGCGGUAAAUCACACCCCUGGGAUUAUAACCUGGAGAAUUGAGAAAAUGGAGCUCGUUCAAGUCCCUGAAAAAUCUUACGGCCACUUUUACGAGGGUGACUGCUACGUGCUUCUCUAUACCCAGAAAGCGAAGAGCUCUCUGUGUUAUGAUAUCCACUUCUGGAUCGGGUCCCAGUCGUCUCAGGAUGAACAAGGUGCAGCAGCGAUGUACACGACACAACUGGAUGACUUUUUGGGCUCGACGCCGAUCCAACACAGGGAGGUUCAAGGACACGAGUCUGAUGUUUUUAAGGGUUAUUUCAAGCAGGGAAUAAUCAUCAAGAAGGGUGGAGUAGCAUCCGGCAUGAGGCACACUGAAAGCAACACGUACGACGUCAAGAGGCUGCUUCACGUCAAGGGCAAGAAGCGAGUGAUCGCCAAGGAGGUGGAGCUGAACUGGACCAGCUUCAACCUUGGCGAUGUGUUUUUGUUGGACACGGGAAAGACCAUCAUCCAGUGGAACGGUCCCAAGAGUAACAAACAGGAAAGACUUAAAGGGAUGCUGUUGGCCAAAGACAUCCGAGACAGAGAAAGAGGAGGUCGUGCGGCGAUCAAAGUGAUGGAGGGCGACGCAGAGGGCGACACUCCUGACAUUAUGGACAUGCUGACCGGUGUUCUUGGAGAGAGAAGUUCUACUUUGACAGACGGACCACCCGAUGAAAGCCCCGACCAAGAGCAGAGGGCGAAAGUCACUCUUUACCAUGUCUCUGAUGCUGAAGGUCAUAUUACAAUCACAGAGGUUGCAACAAGACCAUUGAUUCAGGAUCUCCUCAGACAUGAUGACUGCUACAUCCUGGACCAUGGUGGUACCAAGGUGUUUGUAUGGAAAGGGAGAAAAGCUACCAGAAAUGAAAGACAGACCGCCAUAAGCAAAGCUAUGGAAUUCAUCAAGGUGAAAAACUACCCCACUACGACAAACGUGGAGGUAAUGAACGACGGAGCAGAGUCGUCUCUCUUUAAGCAGCUGUUCCAGACAUGGUCGGUGAAGGACCAGACUCAAGGUCUUGGCAAGGUGCACACCAUGGGAAAAGUUGCUAACAUCACACAGGACAAAUUUGAUGUCCAUGCGAUGCAUGAGAUGCCACAGAUUGCUGCCCAGGAGCGGAUGGUGGACGAUGGAUCAGGACAAGUGGAGGUGUGGAGAAUUGAGAAUAUGGAGCUGGAACCCGUGCAGCCUCAAACUUAUGGCUACUUCUACGGAGGAGACUGCUACCUCAUCCUCUACACUUACUUAGUGAACAACAAGAAGAGUUACCUGCUCUACAUAUGGCAGGGGCGACAUGCCACACAGACCGUGUUAGGAGCGUCCGCCCUUCAGGCAAUAAAUAUGGACGAGAGGUACGGUGGGGCGCCGGUUCAAGUGAGAGUGACAAUGGGGAAAGAACCAAAACAUUUUUUGGCCAUUUUCAAAGGCAAGAUGGUCAUCUAUGAGGGUACUACACCAGGAAACGAGUGUUUUGAACCAGAGCCCCCGGUAAGACUGUUCCAGGUCCAUGGUAGUGAGCCGUCCAAUACAAAAGCCAUAGAGGUUUCAGCACUGGCAUCUUCUCUCAACUCCAAUGAUGUGUUCCUGCUCAAGAGUCAAUGUGGACUCUAUCUGUGGUGCGGAAAGGGAGCCAGUGGAGACGAGAGAGCCAUGGCAAAGGAGUUCAGCUCUGUGAUCGGAAAGAAGUCACAGAGCCUCCAAGCACAGAUUAUUGCAGAGGGUCAAGAGACCGAUGGAUUCUGGGAGAUACUCGGAGGCAGAGCUCCUUACGCUUGUGACAAGAGACUAAAGCAGGCGGUUUUGGACCAUCAGUCACGGCUGUUUGAAUGCUCCAAUAAAUCCGGACGCUUCAUUGUGACCGAAGUGACCCAGUUCACGCAAGAUGACCUCAGUGAGGAUGACGUCAUGUUACUAGACACAUGGGACCAGGUGUUUCUCUGGAUCGGUAAAGAGUCCAACACAGUAGAACGCAACGAGGCGGUGCUCACCACUAAAGAGUACCUGCGCACACACCCUGGGGGCAGAGAUCCAGACACGCCCGUCUUUUUGAUCAAGCAAGGAUUUGAACCACCCACCUUCACGGGUUGGUUCACUGCUUGGGAUCCUUCUAAAUGGAGUGAGGGGAAGAGUUAUGAGCAACUGAAAAAGGAGCUUGGAAUUGUCACCUCCCCCAUUAAUGCAAAUGUUUCCAGCUGUGGGGAAAAUGAUAAAAGCUUGCAGUGUUUUCCUGCGGAGGUUUUGGUCAAUAAGCUUGUCAAUGAGCUGCCCGGAGAUGUCGACCCGGCCCAGAGAGAGAGAUACCUCACCGAGUCGGAGUUCUGCAACAUCUUUGGCAUCUCCAAAGACCAAUUUGCAAGCCUGCCCCGUUGGAGACAGCUCAACUUGAAAAAACAAAAAGGUCUCUUUUGACGUAUUUGUGGAGAAAGUGGUGGUCGAUUACUAGGGAAUUCAUUUUUGCAUCAGACCUCAUAAUAUCAGCACAUGUAAAAUGUAUGAAUUAGUUCUGAUAAUGUGUACUUAUUGAUAAGUUAAGCACUCAAGUGAUGAAAUUCAGUCAUUCAUUUUACCCCAAUAAACUAUUUCAUAUCCAAAUCUGUCAGUGAAUGUUUCCCUAUGCUAAUUUGCCUCGCAAUAAAUGAUAAAUAAACACCCAAGACCAAAGCAUUUGAAUCAAUACAA